CGUCGAGACUAAAAAAAAUAAAAAUAAAAAUCAAAGUAUAAUUUUAGAAUUGAGCUAAAAAUAUAUCUAGGGAGUGAUAAAAGUAGUCUCGAACCAGAGCAGCCAUUGAAGUGAAGCUCAAAAAUCAUCAAGAAAAUGCAAAUAGCAUCAAAAUGCCGUCUCUUUCAUUCCCAUUUCUUCUCCAUCUUCCCUCAAUCCAUCAAACCCAGAAACCCUUUUUCUCCCAAAAUCCAAAAAAAUCCCCAAUUCAGUAUUUAUGCAUCAUCUUCAAGAACCUUCAACUCUUCUUCUUCUUCAGCUUCAAUAUUGGCCAGGAAAGUACUUUUUAUGGCGCCUGGAGUUGAACCAGAAGAUAUUAAGGAAGAUAUGAUUUUACCCGGAUCCAAUAUAGUUGUCGGACCCUAUGCAGGUGAUGCGAAGAUUAAAGAGGUUGAGUUUGUGAAGAGUAGUAAUAAGCCUAAAGAUUGUCCUAAAGAUGAAAGACCUGAAUUUGCUAUGUUGGGUCGGUCUAAUGUUGGCAAAUCAUCCCUUAUUAAUGCUUUGGUUAAGAAGAAAGAAGUUGCUCUUACUUCUAAGAAACCAGGGAAGACUCAGCUGAUUAAUCAUUUUUUGGUGAACAAGAGUUGGUACAUUGUGGAUUUGCCUGGUUAUGGUUUUGCUAAUGCUUCUGAAGCUGCUAGAAUGGAUUGGUCCUCCUUCACAAAAGGUUACUUUUUGAAUCGAGAUACCUUGGUGUCGGUUCUGCUUUUAAUUGAUGCUAGUGUACCCCCUCAGAAGAUUGACCUUGAUUGUGCUAAUUGGCUUGGACGCAAUAAGAUACCAAUUACAUUCGUUUUCACGAAGUGUGACAAAAUGAAGGGAGGGAAGGCGAAAAGGCCCGAUCAGAAUAUUAGAGAUUUCCAAGAGCUAAUCAGGCAGAAUUACAAUCAUCAACCUCCAUGGAUAAUGACUAGUAGUGUCUCUGGUUUGGGCAGGGAUGAGCUACUUCUACAUAUGUCACAGCUGCGAAACUAUUGGAACAACGAGUAGCUCACAACUAAAACAUCAGUGUUAUUUUAUGAGGUAAGCCCCUUAUCUAGGAUCUUGAUAUUUACCAUGAUAUUGAUCUUUUUGGUCCCUCAGAGAUGAUGAACAUAACCACAUAGAACUCGUAACGCUACUUCAUGAUGGAACGUAAUUACCAGACUUGCUUUUCGUAGUCCUCUAUGGCAGGAUAUUCAACCUGGUCCAAACACAACGAUUAUCUCCAAAAAUGAAAAACGUGGAAGGAAGGAUACUCUGGAGACGAUGCUGGAAAACCUACGAGUAGAAUCCACAGAAUAGUUUUUGCAAAUAUUUAGCUAGCGUUUGGGUAUAAAUUUUGAAAAUUUAUCUUAAAUAUUUGUUUGAUGAUAGAAAUUGGUUCAUACAAUUGCCUGUGUGUUGUAUUUUGGUCAGUUAAAGCAUAGCUACUUUUUGUGUUAUUAUUCACCACUUGGAUAUAGAAGGCCAAAACAGUACUAGUGUGAUGUUCUAA